GCGUCGGACUGCAACCCCCGGCAUACACCGCGUCGGAGGCGGGGGCUACGGCGGCCGGUAAGGGUUGGUGUUGUCACCUUGGCCAUGACGGCCGGGCCGCCUCCGCCGCUGGAGCCCAGCCCGCUGCCCACGUUCGCUGAAGAGGGAUUCGGGGAGAAGUUCCUGCGCAAGACCCGCGAGAACCCCCUGGUGCCCCUCGGCUGCCUGUGCACCGUCGGCGUCCUGACCUACGGACUGAUCAGCUUCAAGAAAGGCAACACUCGGCGCUCCCAGAUGAUGAUGCGGGCGCGUGUCGUGGCCCAGGGCUUCACCUUCGCCGCCCUGCUGGGAGGCAUGGUGGCCACGGCCAUCAAAUCCCGACAGUGACAUCGGGCAAGAGCGAAGCUGCGGCCACGGGCAAGCGUCUACCAGCCUCGGCUAGCAGGGUGGAUCCUGGCUGCGGAUGGAGUUUUCUGAGAGACUGUUGUGAUGUCUCGGUGGAGCCAGUUCUGGAGCACUGGAAAUGGGGUGAAUACACUUUGUGAUUAACAUGUAA